GACAUUAUCCAGAAGGUUCGAUUGCAGAGGGACGUUGGAUAGAUGAGUUAAUGACGUUUUGCUCAUGGUAUUUAGAUGACGUCGAGACUAAGUCUAAUCCACCUUUAAGAAAUGAUGUUUUAUCUAAUGAAACAAUGGACCAAGAUGGUCGUCGAUCAAGUAGAGAGAAAGGAUUUAAGCUUGAUGACAUUACACGUGCUCAAGCCCACAGAUAUGUUUUAUUUAAUUCUACCUCCACAACUUCAUAUCGUGAGUAAGUAUUAAAUCAUAAUUUAUACUUAGUAAUUAAUUAUUAAAUAAUUUUCUUUCAAAUUUUUAUUAAAUAGUUAUGUGUUUUACUUCCGUAGUGAUCAUAUAAAAGAAAUCAAGAAGGAAAAUCCUCGUCUAUCAAGACAUAAUGUGGAUCGAAUUCAUAAUGAAAGAUUUCAACUAUGGUUUAGAAAUCAUGUUGAGAAGAUGCAUAUGGCUGGUGAAAAAAUAUCUGAGGAUAUUCAAACUUUAGCUAUUGGCCCAAUAAUACAAGCAAAAAGAAUGAAUGGCUAUAUAUGUGAUGGAGUUAGAUACUUAACAGAGUCUCGUGAUGUUAAGAGAAAAACUCAAAAUAGUGGUAUUAUGUUAAAGGCUAUCACUCAAAGUUAUGCAAGCACAAAAGAUAAAAAUCCCAUAUUGGCAGAGGUUUCUUUUUAUGGAAUCCUCACAGACAUAAUUGAGUUAUAUUAUUCCAAGAAUCUCAAGUUUGUAUUGUUUAAAUGUAAAUGGGUGAACAAUAACAAGGGGCUUAUUGAUAAAGAUGAUUAUGGAUUUACUCUUGUGAAUUUUAAUCAUCUACUCUAUACAAGACAUCAGUUAUCAGAUGAACCAUUCAUCUUUGCUUCUUAAGCUCAACAAGUGUUUUAUGUCGAUCAUCCUAUGGAAAAGGAGUGGCGAAUUGUUGUUAAACUUAAGCCAAGAGGUUUUUAUGAUUUAGGUGAUGACACACCAACAAUUGAGCAUAAGGAAGGACAUAUGGAGUUGUGGCCUGAACAACAAUUGGAUGACACAACAUUUGAAACUGAAGAAGACAUUGAAUGGGUUAGAGAAGGAGUACCAGGAUUAGAAAUUGACCCAGAAACUUUGGAAAGUAAUGAAGCAUAUGAUGAAGAUGACAACAUAGCUUAGUUUUUGUUACUAUAGUAGUAUAAUCACUAUUUCAGUACAAUUGAUUGUUGAACAAUAAUGACUUUAAUGUUUUUACUCUUCAUUCAACUGUUGAAAUCUCAUAUGUUUAUAUGUCUUAUUAUUUGACAUGAUAGUUAGAUAUUAUUUUAUACUUUUGUAUAGUAGAAACUACUUUAAAUUUGGCAGGAUUCAUAGAUGCUGAGGAACUUCGUUGAAAUGGCAAGAAAAAGACAGAGAAAUUCUAGUCAAGGUGAGCUUUUAUAUGAUUCUUCGGAGCAACAAAAACAACAAAUAGGAAGUAUGUCAAUGCCUCAACCGUCCCAAAAUUGGCCACAAAAUGAAGGAGAUGAAUCACAUGAUACAAAAAAUCUUCCAGAUUCAGAGCAACAAAAACAACAAAUCGGAAGUAUGUCAAUGCCUCAACCGCUCCAAAAUUGGCCACAAAAUGAAAGAGAUGAAUCACAUGAUACAAAAAAUCUUCCAGAUUCUAAUGAGAGUGAAGAGCAAUCUAAGAGAACUAGGGGUCCCACUAUGAUGCACUCGGGAUGGGGGAAAGAUGGUGGAAAUUUACAUAUCGAAUUGAAUGAACAUGGUCAAGUUAUUGGGUCAGAAGGAACUAGAUUGAGUUCAAAACUUGGUGUGCUAGCACGAAAUGGCAUUUUAGCGCCACUGAAUCAUAAAGAUUGGAGGCUUGUACCUAGUAUGUACAAGGAUAGAAUAUGGGCUCAUAUCAAGGUUCUUAGUAUACACAAAACCUAUAUACUAAGACGUUUUUGUUUUUAUAUUUUAUUUUAUAAAUGAGUUGUGUAUUAAAUAUAUG